AAAUAAAUCAAGUUCUCUCUCCCUUCCCCAACUUCUCUAUCUGAUAGUGUAUCCAAGAGAAUAGUUUUCACAAACUUAGAUACAUUGGCCAGAGAUAAAGUCCUCCGAUAAAAUAUGAUGAAUCCGGGGCAAGGCCCCAAUAGGGGUCGCUUAUGGCCCCAAAUGGCCUUUGCAAUGGCCAUGCUUGUAGUUGCAAGCAAUGUCGUUUCAGUUUCCGCUGAUCCUUACUUAUACAACUCUCCACCACCUCCUUAUGAGUACAAAUCUCCACCACCACCAGAGAAGUCUCCUCCACCACCAUAUCACUACAGUUCUCCCCCACCACCUGAAAAGUCUCCACCACCAUACCAUUACACCUCUCCCCCACCACCGGAGAAAUCUCCUCCUCCACCAUACCAUUACUCAUCCCCACCACCACCAAAACAUGAAGAGAAGCCAUAUCACUACUCUUCCCCACCACCACCAUCUCCAUCUCCUCCUCCUCCAUACGUCUACAGCUCACCACCCCCACCAAAGAAGUCCCCACCACCACCAUACCACUACACAUCCCCACCACCACCUUCUCCUUCUCCUCCACCACCAUACGUCUACAGCUCACCACCACCACCAAAGAAAUCUCCACCCCCACCAUAUCACUAUUCGUCACCACCACCACCAAAACAUGAGGAGCAACCACCAUAUGUUUACAAGUCCCCACCACCACCAUCACCAUCUCCUCCACCCCCAUACGUCUACAGUUCUCCACCACCACCGGUGAAGUCUCCUCCACCACCUUAUGUAUACAACUCCCCACCUCCUCCGGUGAAGUCUCCUCCACCACCUUACGUCUACAGUUCUCCUCCACCACCACCUAAACAUGAGGAGCAACCACCUUACAUCUAUAAGUCCCCACCACCACCAUCUCCAUCUCCACCACCACCUUAUGUCUACAGCUCCCCGCCACCACCAGUGAAAUCUCCACCACCACCUUACGUUUACAAUUCCCCACCACCACCAGUGAAAUCUCCACCACCACCUUACGUCUACAGUUCUCCACCACCACCAGUGAAAUCUCCUCCACCACCUUACGUCUACAGCUCCCCACCACCACCACCUAAACACGAGGAGCAACGACCAUAUGUUUACAAGUCCCCACCACCACCAUCGCCAUCUCCUCCACCACCUUACGUCUACAGUUCCCCACCACCACCUGUGAAGUCUCCCCCACCACCUUACGUCUACAGUUCCCCACCGCUACCACCUAAACAUGAAGAGCAACCACCAUAUGUUUACAAGUCCCCACCACCACCAUCAUCAUCUCCUCCUCCACCAUAUGUUUACAGCUCCCCACCACCACCAGUAAAGUCUCCACCACCAGUUUACUACUAUAAAUCUCCACCACCACCAGUGCAGUCUCCACCACCAGUUUACUACUAUAAAUCUCCACCACCACCAGUAAAAUCUCCACCUCCACCAGUUUACUACUACAAGUCUCCCCCACCACCAACUCCAUAUUACUACUCUUCUCCACCACCACCAACCCCAUACCACCCACACCCACACCCUUUGGUGUUCAAGGUUGUCGGUAAAGUAUACUGCUACAGAUGCUAUGAUUGGACAUACCCUGAGAAGUCCCACAACAAGAAGCACCUUAAAGGAGCUAUCGUUGAGGUGACUUGCAAGGCUGGAGACAAAGAAGUUAAAGCUUACGGAAAAACAAAGAUCAAUGGCAAGUACAGCAUCACAGUUGAAGGUUUCAAUUACCGCAAAUAUGGAGGCAAAGCUUGCACAGCCAUGCUCCACGCUGCCCCCAAGGGCUCCCCAUGCAACAUUCCAACCAAGUACCACAAUGGUGACAAGGGUGCCAAACUCAGGGUGAAGUCAAAGAACAAAUACGAGAUUGUGCUCUACGCCAAGUCUUUUGCUUAUGCUUCAAAGACUCCUUAUGGUGAAUGCCACAAGACCAAGCCUGUGCACCCUCCUCCAUAUGUGUACAAGUCUCCACCACCACCAGCUCCAGUAUAUGUCUACAAUUCACCACCACCACCAUCACCUAAGUAUGUGUACAAGUCUCCACCUCCACCUGCUACCCCAACAUAUGUGUACAAGUCACCACCACCACCAUCUCCUAAGUAUGUUUACAACUCGCCACCACCACCAGUGCCAGCUUACGUCUACAAGUCUCCACCACCACCAUCUCCCAAGUAUCUAUACAAGUCUCCUCCUCCACCAUCUCCCAAGUAUGUAUACAAGUCUCCACCUCCACCUGCUACCCCAGCAUAUGUGUACAAGUCACCACCACCUUCAUCUCCUAAGUAUGUAUACAACUCCCCACCACCACCAUCUCCCAAGUAUGUCUACAAGUCUCCACCUCCACCUGCUACCCCAGCAUAUGUGUACAAGUCACCACCACCACCUUCUCCUAAAUACGUAUACAGCUCCCCACCACCACCAGUGCCAGCUUAUGUCUACAAGUCACCACCACCACCAUCCCCCAAGUACGUCUACAAGUCACCACCGCCACCUACUCCAGUCUACAUCUAUAAGUCACCACCACCACCAUCCCCCAAGUAUGUGUACAAGUCACCACCACCACCUACUCCGGUCUAUGUUUACAAGUCACCACCACCACCAUCUCCCAAGUAUGUCUACAAGUCUCCACCACCACCGGUUCCAGCUUACGUCUACAAAUCUCCACCACCACCAUCUCCCAAGUACGUAUAUAAGUCACCACCUCCACCAACUCCAACCUAUGUUUACAAGUCACCACCACCGCCAUCUCCCAAGUAUGUCUACAAGUCUCCACCACCACCGGUUCCUGCUUAUGUGUACAAAUCCCCUCCACCCCCAUCCCCCAAAUAUGUAUACAAGUCUCCACCACCACCAGUGCCAGCUUACGUUUACAAGUCACCACCACCACCGUCCCCCAAAUAUGUCUACAAGUCACCACCACCACCAGUGCCUGCUUACGUUUACAAGUCACCACCACCACCAUCUCCGAAAUAUGUUUACAAGUCUCCACCACCACCAGUCCCUGCUUACGUCUACAAGUCACCACCACCACCAUCUCCCAAAUAUGUUUACAAGUCACCACCACCACCGGUACCUGCUUACGUCUACAAGUCACCACCACCCCCUUCUCCCAAGUAUGUUUACAAAUCUCCACCACCACCAUCACCCAAGUAUGUCUACUCAUCCCCACCACCACCAGUACACUCCCCACCUCCACCAUACCACUACUCUUCCCCACCACCACCAUCACCAUCUCCUCCUCCACCAUACCACUACAGUUCCCCACCACCACCAAAACACGAAGAGCAACCACCAUACCAUUACUCAUCACCUCCACCACCUUCACCGUCUCCUCCUCCACCAUACGUAUACAGCUCUCCACCACCACCAGUGAAAUCUCCUCCUCCACCAUAUGUCUACAAUUCUCCACCACCACCAGUGAAAUCUCCUCCUCCACCAUACGUAUACAGCUCCCCACCACCACCAGUAAAAUCUCCUCCUCCACCAUACGUCUACAACUCGCCACCACCACCAGUGAAAUCUCCUCCUCCACCAUACGUCUACAGCUCGCCACCACCACCAGUGAAAUCUCCUCCUCCACCAUACGUCUACAGCUCCCCACCACCACCCUUGAAAUCUCCACCACCACCAUACCAAUACACAUCCCCACCACCACCAUCUCCAUCCCCACCACCACCAUCUCCAUCACCACCACCACCAUACCAAUACAACUCUCCACCACCACCAGUAAAGUCUCCUCCUCCACCAUACCACUAUACCUCUCCUCCACCACCAAAACACGAAGAGGAGCCACCAUACCACUACUCAUCCCCACCACCACCAUCACCGUCACCUCCUCCACCAUACCAAUACUCUUCCCCACCACCACCAACAAAGUCUCCACCUCCCCCAUACCACUACAUCUCACCUCUUCCACCAGUAAAAUUGCCAUCACCUCCUGCUUACAUUUACGCUUCCCCACCACCCCCAACUCCAUACUAAGCUCAAGAAUUUUAGCACCAUACACACAUAGAUCAUGUUCUAGUUUGAAAAGUGGAAUAAAAGAAGUCUCCAUCAAUGCGCACCAAGCCUCGAAUGAAUGUUCAUUAUUCAAUAAGGGUUUGUCAAUUAGCGAUGAGCAACAUAUUUCAACUUCUUUUGUGGUAGUGUUGCAAAUGUAUUUGCUGAUUUUAAGUUGGAGUGGUUAUGGGCAAAACAAAGUAAGAAGAAGAAUGUGGAGAUUGGAGAUUAAGAUAGGAUAAGGACAUAGUUUGUUUUGUGUAUGGUUUUUCAACAAUUUUUUUGUUUAUUUAUAGGGAAUAAUAAAUUAUUUCAUCAUAUUAUAUAGAGUGUGUCCAUACAUGUAAUUGUACCAUAUUGGACUAGCUUCUAUCUAUUUAUGGAGAUUUGUCAUAUGUUGUAAAGUCUUCCUCCUCGAUCUGCCUUUUUUAGGCUUCGAGAUUUAUGGUAAUAAAGGAAGGCAUUUAAUUA